GCAGAAACCCUAAAAGCAAAAGAAAGACGAAGAACAAGGGAAGAAAUUGAUGGAUCCAAAGUCACAAUCUGCUGCCAAUCGUGUCUAUGAAGACUUUGAACCGGAUUUUCAGUGGGAAAGAGACGAAAGAACGGCAACUUUAAUUGUUCAGCUGCCUGGGUUCAGAAGAGAUCAACUGAAGGUUCAAAUCACUUCAACUCCUGUGGUAAAAAUAAUUGGUGAACGACAAAUAAGUGACAACAAAUGGCGUCGUAUCACCAAAGAAUUCUCCAUUUCUAUUCCUUCUGACUGCGACACAAACGACAUCACUGCCAAGUUUGAACGUGGCAAGCUCUUUGUCAAGUUCUCCAUAAAAGAAGCCUCAAAGCCACAAGAACCUGAUGAUUCAUCCAAGCCAAGAGAAGAAGACAAAAAACCGGAACCAAAACCUAGAGGUGAAGUUUCUGAACAGAAAGAGACAGUACCAGAGAAGGAGAAGAAGAAGGAAGAAGAAGAAGGAGAAAAAGAUCAAGAGGCUAAGAAGAAAAAGAAAGUGACAACCAGUGGGGUGGUUGAGAAUAUACCACCUUUAUCAUCAGAAGCUGUAACCUCUAAAAAUGGUGGAAGUUCGGGAGCCAACCAGCAGGGACUGUUCAAGAGAACAAAAACUAGGGUUUUGGAUUACACAAUAAGUUUGAAGCCGUCUUUCGAAUCUGAGGAUUUUAAGCAGCCGAGGAAAUGGGUGAAUAUCCUCCUUCUCAUAUUGUUUGCUGUGGUUCUUAUCAUAUACGUCAGGCAAGCAUGCAAGUCAUUUCUUGAAGCCAUUUCCAAAUUACAAGGUUAA